GAGGAGCUGCGAUUCUUCAGGGGGUUUCACGCGGAGAGGAUAAACGGAGAGAAACUUUUCAUCUGAGCGAUUCAUGAGUUUGCACAGGAGCGCCACCUUGCAAGACGUGGAAAAUGUUCAAGGCGGUGCUGAAGAAGAACAGAGAAGGAGGAAGGGCUAGCAAGAAAGACACAGAUGGAUCUAGGAUGGAGCAGCAAAGGGACAAUCCCAUGCACAGCCCUGAAUUUGGGAUACCAAGAUCAAGAUUAGCAGGAGACAUUUCUCCAUACAGAGGGGCUAACCCUGGGGCAAGUAACUUUGCAGACUUCAGCACUGGUAUCCCUUGCAGCGCAGAUGAUCCUUACAUUUGGAGUCUAUCUAAAGGAGUUUCCAUGUCCCUGCCAUCUUCACCCAUGUUGCCAAGGCAGCCGUACAUGCUGCAGUCUCGUUCCAACAAGCGCUCUCCAGGUCCGUUCAGGAAGCCAAAAUAUGUAGAAAGCCCCAGAGUUCCUGCGGAUGCAGUUGUUUCAGCUUUGAAAAAAGUAUCGGACACCAAGGAGCUGUCCCAAAAUGAGCUGCAGACUGAUGAAGCACCAGGCUCCUCCCCUGCAACUCAGGAGCUGAUGACAAGACUCGGUUUCUUGCUCGGAGAAGGGAUCCCAAGCGCAGCUCGCAUACCUAUGGAAGACAAGAAUGAUAAAAAGUGCUUAGUUGCCAACCAGGGAAUCAGCCCAUGUUCCACACUGACGAGCAGUACUGCAUCUCCAAGCACCGACAGCCCCUGCUCCACUCUGAACAGCUAUAUCAGCAAGCCAACAGCUGGCAAAACAAGCCCCUGUGGGACCAUUACCACCCCCAGCUCCACACUUGAAAGCAAGGACAGUGGUAUAAUAGCAACCAUAACAAGCUCAUCUGAAAAUGACGAUAGGAGUGGCUCCAGCUUGGAGUGGAAUAAAGAUGGUAGUCUGAGGGACACCGGACACCAUGGGAUCAACCUGGCCCCACGGUCAGAUGCAUGCUCACCUGUGGCAGAAGAAGAGGCAGUUCAUUCAGGGGAAGCCUCAGCCAAGUCAGACCCAAUGACGGUACCAACAGCGGGAGAUGGGCCCCUGCCGUACCCACAGCAGAAUUCCUCAGCAUUCAUUCUGCCGCGGCCCAACUCAGUGGCAGCAACAAGUUCAACAAAACUAGAAGACCUCAGCUAUCUUGAUGAGCAGCGAAACACACCUCUGCGCACCUCCAUUCGGCUGCCCUGGCACAACACGGCGGGCGGCAGGGUACAGCAGGAUAUUAAAGCCCGAUUUUCCCCAUACAAGCCAGCGGAUAUCAUGCUCAAGCCCCUGCUUUUUGAAGUGCCAAGCAUAACUACAGAUUCAGUGUUCAUCGGAAGAGACUGGGUCUUUCAGCUCCUGGAGGAGAAACUACAGACCUCCGAGACGACUGAAAACAGAGGGGCAGUUAUUGUGGGCAACGUCGGCUUUGGCAAAACAGCCAUAAUAUCACGGCUAGUGGCACUCAGCUGCCAUGGAGGCAGAAUGAGGCAAAUUGCUUCUAACAGCCCGAGCGCCUCCCCAAAAAAUGGGGAUGUAAGUUUGGAUCUUCCGCUUAGCCAGCUGCCCAAGCCAACAUUGCCUUCUAGCGUCAACAACACGAUGAAGAAUAAUAGUUGCCCCGGGACCCCAGAAAUGCAACGGCGAAACGAAGAAGCAGUGAAACGUCUUGCCACAAAGGUUGUUGCUUACCACUACUGUCAAGCGGACAACACAUACACCUGCCUAGUGCCAGAAUUUGUCCAUAGCAUAGCUGCUCUCCUCUGUCGAGCCCAUCAGCUGGCAGCAUACAGGGAGCUGCUGCUGAAGGAGACCCAUCUGCAGAGUAUGCUGAGCCUGAGGUCUUGUGUCCAGGAUCCCAUGGCAGCUUUCAGGAGAGGAAUUUUGGAGCCUCUUGUAAAUUUAAGAAAAGAAAAGAAGAUUCCUGAGGAAGACCACAUUAUUUUGAUCGAUGGCCUAAAUGAAGCUGAAUUUCAUAAGCCAGAUUAUGGGGACACCAUUGCAUCUUUUAUAACCAAAAUUAUUUCCAAGUUUCCAUUGUGGCUGAAGUUAAUAGUUACUGUACGAGUAAAUCUACUGGAGAUCACCAGUUUAUUACCAUUUUCCAGGAUUUCUUUAGAUGAUUUCCCAGAUAACAAAGACAUGAACAAUGACUUAAAUACCUACAUCCAGCACCGUAUUAACAGCAGCAAGGAAAUAUUGAACAACAUAUCAUUGAAUGGCAAGGCAGAUCCCAUCACUGUUAGCAAAGUUGGCAGCCACUUGAUCUCCCGUAGCCAGGGCUCCUAUCUGUAUUUAAAGCUAACACUGGACCUUUUUGAAAAGGGACAUUUGGUCAUUAAAAGCUCCAGCUACAAGGUGGUACCUGUGUCCCUUUCAGAGCUGUACCUUCUGCAGUGCAACAUGAAGUUCAUCACCAACUCAGCCUUUGAAAGGACGCUACCAGUCCUUAACGUAACCUUGGCCUCUCUUCAUCCUAUGACAGAUGAACAGAUAUUUCAGGCUAUUAAUGCAGGCUCUGUAAGUGGAGAAUUGAACUGGGAGGAUUUUCAGCAGCGGAUGGAAGGGCUAUCAUGCUUUUUGAUUAAAAGGAGAGACAAGACACGGAUGUUCUGCCAUCCUUCAUUCAGGGAGUGGCUAGUCUGGAGAGCAGAUGGUGAAAGCACAGACUUCCUUUGUGAUCCAAGAAGUGGUCACGCUCUUAUGGCAUUCAUGCUUUCUCGACAAGAAGGAAAACUGAACCGUCAGCAGACAAUGGAACUUGGCCACCAUAUUUUAAAAGCACACAUUUUUAAGGGCCAAAGCAAGAAGACGGGAGUCUCUUCAAGUAUUCUGCAAGCCCUGUGGAUUAGUUACAGUACAGAUGGUUUGUCGGCAGCCCUUGCUUCAUUAAGGAAUCUCUAUACUCCUAAUGUGAAGGUCAGCCGGUUACUGAUGCUAGGAGGAGCUAAUGUAAACUACAAGACUGAAGUUUUAAACAAUGCACCAAUUUUGUGUGUCCAAGCUCAUCUGGGUCACCAGGAAAUGGCCAGUAUCCUCCUAGAAUUUGGGGCCGCUGUUGACGGAGUAUCUGAGAAUAGUAUGACCCCAUUGUGUUUUGCAGCUGCAGCUGGUCACCUUGCAAUGGUUGAUCUGCUCUGCAAGAAGGGAGCUAAGGUUGACCAUCUAGACAAAAGUGGGCAGUGUGCUUUAGUCCAUGCUGCUUUAAGGGGCCAUUCUGAUAUCAUAGACUACCUCCUGGAUACCAAGUGGAUGACCGAGGGGCAGCAACAGAACACCCCUGUGACAAAGAAGGGACUUCAGCAAGCCUUAAUUGCUGCCUCUAGCAUGGGGCACACCCAGGUUGUCAAGAAGCUCUUGGCUCUCAAUAAUGAACAUGCUGUUGAAAUCAAUGCAUGUGACACACUGUGGGGAGAAACAGCUCUGACAGCUGCUGCUGGACGAGGAAAACUAGAAGUAUGUAAAUUUUUAUUGGAUGAAGGAGCCAAUGUGCACCAAGCAAACCGCCGUGCUGUUACUCCUAUCUUCUGUGCUGUGCGGCAGGGUCACUGGCAGAUUGCUGAGCUCCUCUUACCAACUUUGGCUGAAGUGAACAUAAGUGACAAGCAGGGGCGGACAUUGCUAAUGGUUGCUGCAUGUGAGGGGCACUUGAGCACAGUGGAAUUUCUGAUUUCAAAAGGUGCUUCAUUGUCAUCAGUGGAUAAGGAAGGUUUAACCCCACUCAGUUGGGCUUGUUUGAAAGGACACAAGUCUGUGGUGCAGUUUCUAGUGGAGAAGGGCGCAGUCAUCGACCACACAGAUAAGAACGGGCGGACGCCUCUGGACUUGGCAGCAUUUUAUGGAGAUGCUGAGAUUGUUCAUUUCUUGGUUGAGAGAGGUGCAGUGAUUGAGCACGUGGACUACAGUGGAAUGAGACCUUUAGACAGGGCAAUCGGAUGUCGAAAUACGUCUGUGGUGGUGACCCUGCUGAAGAAAGGCGCCAAGCUGGGCUACCGAACAGCUCCUUAUGAUCGAUCAGGUAAUGCCGCCUGGGCGAUGGCCACAUCCAAACCAGAUAUUUUGAUUAUCCUCUUGCAGAAGCUGAUGGAGGAAGGCAACGUUCUGUACAAGAAAGGAAAAAUGAAAGAAGCUGCUCAGAGAUACCAGUACGCCUUAAGAAAGUUUCCACGAGAAGGUUAUGGGGAUGACCUCAAAGCGUUCAAAGAACUGAGAGUGUCGCUUUAUUUAAACCUGUCAAGGUGUCGCAGGAAAACAAAUGACUUUGGCAUGGCAGAGGAAUUUGCUACUAAGGCACUUGAACUGAAACCCAAGUCAUACGAGGCUUAUUAUGCCAGGGCGAGAGCCAAGCGGAGCAGCAGGCAAUUUGCUGCUGCAUUAGCAGACCUCAAUGAAGCGGCAAAACUUUGUCCGAACAACCGGGAGAUCAGGCGCCUGCUGGCCCGAGUGGAGGACGAGUGUAAACAGAUCCAGAAAACUCAACAGAAGCAACAGGGGGCAAGCAGUCAGGUUGGCCAGGCCAAUGAUUCAGAGCACGAGGAAGAGGAAGGACUGGACCACAGUCUGGAGAGUCAAGCUGCAGCGGGGCACGAGGAGGCCGAUGAAGAGGAUGUGUCUCUGCAAGACGAAGCAGCCGCCUCGGGCGUCCAGCACCGGCAUCAGAAUGUACAAAACAUCUACUCACUGAACCGAGAAGGAAUGGGGGGAUCACAGAGGAAGCCCAGGUCGUCAUCUCCUUCAAGUCGGCAGGCCCACAAGUACAUGAGGGAGCCGAUAUCUCAGCAGGGUAUGGUCACACAGCCCACCAAGCAAGCCCAGAUUGUUAAAACCAACCAACACAUGAGCUCCCUGCACUCCAGUGGCAGGUGUGGAAAGAGUCAGUUUGGCAUCAAAGCGGCAUCUCAGAACGCGCCUCACAGCCCUUUGCCAAGCAGACACGUCUCGUCAGUUUUAAAGCCGAGCCUUGAGAGCACCUCCGGGUGUUUAGGUGGAGACGGAGAAAGAUCUGCCACCUGCCCGAACGUCCAGCUUUCCAGUAACGAGACGCUGCAGUCUUGCUCCUCGCUGCAGUCCUUCUCCAGCGCGGCCAAGACAGCCGAGAGGUUGUCUGCACACUCGGUGCCCUCCUUGGACCUGCUGGCUACGGCAAGUCAGGGGCUCUGCGAGACCAGAAAGGAUUCGUCAAGCACAGCUCUGUCCACCUCCGGAUCGCAGGCCGGCAGCAUGAAAAUCUCCAGUUCAACCAGCAGUCUGGCGUCCAGCAGCAGUUUGUCCGACAGCGGGAAGCUUCAGGGACCAGAUGUUCGAAUUAAGACCACAAUGGAGAGCAAGGCUAAGCAGUGCCAGGGCGGGAUGGCAGACUAUAAAGCGAGGCCAACCCCGUUCAUGGGAAUCAUGGAUAAAACGGCCCGAUUUCAGCAACUGCAGCAAAGCCAUCAGCAGAGUCGCAGCUGGCACAGCCAUUCGACAGAUGGCUUACUUACAAACACUCUGUCCGCCGGGCAGGCUCAGGCCAUCAACUGUGAGUUGCCGUUUGCCAAGGGCAGCGCUUACCAUGACCAGAUUAAAACGCCUUCUCAGGGUCCCGUGGGAAGCCUUCACAAUGGAAUGCACUCCAAAGAAUUCGGGGAAAAAUUCUGCCAAGCGGCCACCUGUUUCAAAGACACAAAGCCAGCUGUGGCCACCCUGCAUUCUUUUCCGGACAGCAAAUCGAAGCAGCCGCCUCACUUAAUACGAGAUAAUCCUGCCCUUCACAUUACUUCUAUGAAACCAAAGCGAUCGUUCAUCGAGUCAAACGUGUAACAGAAACGGCCAGAGGGGGAAAGCGAAGAGGGACCCUGGCGGGCGAGAUGUCUGUUUUCAUAAUAAUAUCUAGAGCUAUGUCUUUUACAAUGAAGCUAUUUUUACUUUCUAUCGUUGGUGUAAAUAGUGACGACCACAGGCAGUAUUUAGACUGGCACUCCUUUUGUAACUAACAGCCGUUUGUAGGCUCAUUCACUUCUGUUACAGGCGCAUGCUUACGACAUGGCGGCAAGGCUGGAUAUUGCACUGAUUCCUAAGUAACAUGGCAUGUAGACACACAGGAACGGAAAAAAGAAAGAGAGUAACGGCACUUUAUUUGUUCAGAGUUUAUGCCUUCCCGGUGCUUUCCGAAUUCUUCAAAUGUAUAAUCAGACUUUGUUACUGACUGACGCGAGGGGGACGGCGUGGAGUGCCAGCGAGGGUCCAAGCAGUGGCAGAAGGGCAUUUAUCGUGUUUGCUUUUAGUCGGGUGUUUCAGGUCCUCAUUUUUGUAAAAUACUGUAUAAUUCCUUCUGCUAAGGGAAGGUCGGUGUAAGUGAUGUGUAUUUGAGGGAUUUUUGCACAGUUUUCGGUUGAUAUUGUAAGAUUCUAAGUAUUUUCUUUUCAUACUUGUGUACAUGUUUGUAUAUUUUAUAAAUUGCUCUAUAAUGUUCUGCUUAUUGUUGCUAAAUAGAAUAAUUUAUUUACCACUAUACUUGCUUGACCAUUUGUAAAAGCAAUAUAUUUCUAUAGUUAUUUUUGCACAAUCUAUAGAAGACAUUUUCAGAGAUCACUUUGGAGCUUUUCUUGGUUUGAAAUGCAUGCAGCCGUGGAUUUCUUCCCCAGUUACGAUGUGGAUCUCAGUUUGUCGGCUGGGUUUCCUUUUGCUGUAUGUUUAAUAUGUACGUUAUAUGUAAUUAUUGGAAGUUUCAGUAUUGUGGCCUGUAUUACCUGUCACCACACGCUGUACUAGUACUGUACUGCCAUAACAAAAAGGGAAACAAUAAAACUCCCCGUCAACAA